AUGCUUGCAGGGCUGCCGUACGAGCUGAGCGUCUACUGGCAGCAGUACCCGUGGACCUACGGCGAGGUGCUCUGCAAGUUCCGCGCCCUCGUCUCCGAGAUGACGUCGUACACGUCGGUGCUCACCAUCGUGGCCUUCUCGCUGGAGCGCUACCUGGCCAUCUGCCACCCGCUGCACAGCUACCGGAUGUCCGGGCUGCGCCGCGCCGUCCGGAUCAUCGCCGUGCUCUGGAUCGUCUCCUUCAUCGCCGCGCUGCCCUUCGCCGUGCUCUCCACCGUGCACUACCUCGAGUGGCCCAUCGGGUCCGGGGUGGUGGCGCAGGAGUCGGCCUUCUGCACCAUGCUGGACUCGUACAUGGUGUUCGAGACGUCCUCGCUGCUCUUCUUCCUGCUGCCCAUGCUCGUCAUGGUGGCCAUCUACGGCCGCAUCGGCUCCAAGAUCCGCUCCAGGGGCAGGCACUCGCUGGGCAAGCGCGUCGAGGGCGUCAUCCACAGCGAGAACAAGCAGACGCAGUCGCGGAAGGCCAUCAUUCGCAUGCUCAGUGCCGUGGUGAUCGCCUUCUUCCUGUGCUGGGCGCCCUUCCACUCCCAGCGGCUCCUCUUCCUGUACGGCCAGAACCUGCCGCACUACGCCGAGAUCAACGCCUGGCUGUACUACAUCACGGGCUGCUUGUACUUCUUCGGCUCCACCGUGAACCCCAUCCUGUACAACCUCAUGUCCGUCAAGUACCGCAUGGCGUUCAAGGAGACGCUGUGCGGCGGCCUGUCCGUGUCGUCCACCGUGACGCGCGGCGCCUUCCGGGAGCAGAGCAGCUUCCGGGACACCUCGGUGCACCAGUUCGGCGAGGGCAACGGGGUCAAGUGGCAGCGCGGCGGCAACGGCGCGGGGAUGGGGUCCGGCGGCAACCGGUGGUACCCGGCGCACCGGCCGCACGCCGCGCCCAGCCCCAGCCCGCCCAGCCCGGCGCCCAGCCCCGCCGCCACGCAGUGCGGCACGCAGUGCGCCCCGCUCCAGGAGAACGGCGGCGUCCUGGAGCCGCACUGGAAGGACAACGGGCCGGCCACGCAGUGCGCGCCGCUGGACGCGGCCGCCACGCCCUUGGCCACGGCCGUGGAGGGCGCGCCGGCCGAGGACGCCGACGGCGGCUCGGAGCUCGUCGUCAUGAUCUCGCCGGCGCACCGCAAGCCGCGCGUGUACGCCGUGGGCGCCGUCGGCAAGGUGUCGCGGAAGUGGCCCAAGGUGCUGAUGCUCAAGAUGGCCAGGAAGCAGACGGGCGGCGUGGCCGGCAUGGCCGCCACGGCGCCGCUCACUCGCGGACUCCCCGCGGACGCCGCCGUCACGUCGGCCGGGCCGCGCGGCCUGCAGCAGCUGGGGGAGACGUGUAUUUGAGCGGGGCUCUGCGGGACUUCCAAGCGGAGCACUGUGGGCCAGAAGACCGGUGGAGGCGGUCAAAAUCCCGGACGCGUUUUGAGCUCCAGAGUC